AUGUCCAAAGAUCCAAAGGGAUAUUAUAAAGUGCUUGAGCUGAGUCCUGGGGCGUCUGUAGCGGAGGUAAGAAAAGCCUAUGCGAAGCAGCAGGCGAAGUAUCACCUGGACUCGCCGUACAUGAAGAACAAGCUGAAGAAUGCAGCCAGUGACGAGGAGAGGGAGAAGAUAAAGAAGGAGUGUGGAGAGAUGUCUGCAAGGCUGAACUCUGCCAAGAGUGUGCUGUUUGAUGAGAAGAAGAAGAAGGAGUAUGACAGCGGGAUGGGGGAGUUUGGAGCACACUUCUCUGGAGGAGGGUACUCUGACAUAUUUGACAUAUUCAGCCAGUUUACUGGUGGCAGGGGGCACCAGAGAACAAACAAGGUCAGCUCGACGAAGUAUGUCAUCACAGUGUCUCUCAGAGAGUCGUUUGUUGGGAAGGUAUCGAAGUUUAAUGUCAGGACCGAGAAGGUAUGUACGACCUGUGAUGGAAAGGGAGGCAAGGAUGUGGAGACAUGCAAGAAGUGCAACGGAAAUGGGGUGUAUACCAGUCGCAGGAGCCUUGGAGGCUUUGUGACGCUCGCAGAAACACGAUGUGACGGGUGUGACGGCUCUGGGCACAAGAUCAAGGGCAAGCCCUGCAGUACGUGUAAUGGCGCUGAGUACAUUCAGGACAAGACGAUGUUUGAGGUGAAUAUAAAGCCGGGUGUCAGGAAGGGAGAGAAGAUUGUGUUUGAGGGCAUGGGAGACCAGAGAAGAGGCCAUGUUCCUGGCGACGUGAUCUUUAUAAUUGAUGUGCAGGAAGACAGCAGAUUUGAGAGAUGUGGAAACGACCUUGUAGGAAAUAUAGACAUUCCUCUGUACACCGCGAUUGGGGGAGGGGUGGUUUACUUCACCCACAUUGAUGGAAGGCAGCUUGAGAUAAAUGUGAGUCCGUUCAGGACGUUCGACACUGCGCUCAAGAUUCGAAACGAGGGAUUCAAGGGGAGCAGGACUGGAAAUCUAAUUCUCAAGCCGAACAUCAUAAUUGGAAGCGAGUCUGACAGGGCAAAGAUUAUGCAGGUGCUGAGUGCGCCUUCCAAGAAGCCCUACGGGACAUUUACAAAGGUGAACAGCGAGUUUGGAAGCAUGCCUGAGCCUGAGAGGGAUCAUGAGGAUGCCUCUGAGGAGGGAGCACAGAGUGCCAGGAGCUUCUUCAACAACUUCAGCUUCUUCUGA